UGGCCCGCGGUGGGCGGGGGUUGCCCCCCGUCCCGCCCCCCACAUCCGGGGGCCCGGGCCCGGCUCUGGGCUGGCCGCGCGCCGGUGAGUCAGGCCGGGUUUUCCCUCCGCCUUUAGGGCAGGCGAGCGAGCGCCGCCGAGCGCGUCCCUCCCUCGCCAAUCCGGCUCCGGCGCCCGCCCGCGUUUUCCCGGCGCCCGCCGCACGGCCGCUCCGGCCCGGCUCGCAGUCUCGGCCGGAGCCGGCGCCUUGGAGGGAGGGUUCAAGUCCGCGCGAGGGAACUGCCGCGCGCGAGCGGUGCGGAGCGGCGCCAGCAUGGAGCAGCUGCUGCCGGUGCCCUGUUGAAACUUCAUGGCCACAGCCCCAGGCGCUGCUGGCAUUGCCAUGGGCAGCGUGGGCAGCCUGUUGGAACGGCAGGAUUUCUCCCCCGAAGAGCUCCGGGCGGCACUCGCAGGGUCCCGCAGCUCCCGCCAGCCUGAUGGGCUCCUUCGGAAAGGCUUGGGCCAGCGUGAGCUCCUCAGCUACCUGCAUCUCCCCAAGAAGGACAGCAAGACUACCAAGCGGGCCCCUCGGAACGAGCCUGCCGACUAUGCCACCCUCUACUACCGGGAGCAUCCUCGAGCUGGUGACUUCAGCAAGACUUCACUGCCUGAGCGCGGUCGCUUCGAUAAGUGCCGCAUUCGCCCAUCAGUGUUCAAGCCUGUGGCAGGCAGCGGGAAAGGCUUCCUGUCCAUGCAGAGCCUGGCAGCCCACAAGGGCCAGAAGCUGUGGCGCAGCAAUGGCAGCCUGCACACACUGGCCUGCCACCCGCCCCUGAGCCCGGGGCCCAGGACCAGCCAGGCGCAGGCUCGUGCCCAGCUGCUGCACGCCCUCAGCCUGGACGAGGGCGGCCCUGAGCCUGAGCCCAGCCUGUCCGACUCCUCCAGUGGGGGCAGCUUUGGCCGCAGUCCUAGCGCCGGCCCCGGCCCCUUCAGCUCCUCCCUGGGCCACAUUAACCACCUCGGGGGCUCCCUGGACCGGGCCUCGCGGGGCCCCAAGGAGGCUGGGCCGCUGGCUAUGCUGAGCUGCCUGCCAGAGCCACCGCCCCCCUAUGAGUUCUCCUGCCCCACGGCCGAGGAGGUAGUAGCUGUGCUGCCGGAUGCCUGUGAGGACCUCAAGAGGGGCCUCGGUGAUGAGGAUGGCUCCAACCCCUUCACGCAGGUACUGGAGGAGCGCCAGCGGCUAUGGCUGUCUGAGCUGAAGCGCCUGUACGUGGAACGGCUACACGAGGUGGCCCAGAAGGCCGAGCGCAGUGAGCGCAAUCUCCAGCUACAGCUGUUUAUGGCCCAGCAGGAGCAGCGGCGCCUGCGGAAGGAGCUACAGGCACAGCAGGGCCUGGCCUCUGAGCCCCGACCCCCAGGCACCCUCCCGGAGGCCGACCCCAGUGCCCGACCAGAGGAAGAAGCCCGGUGGGAGGUGUGCCAGAAGACAGCGGAGAUUAGCCUCCUGAAGCAGCAGCUACGGGAGGCCCAGGCGGAGCUGGCGCAGAAGCUGGCUGAGAUCUUCAGCCUGAAGACGCAGCUUCGGGGCAGCCGGGCACAAGCCCAGGCCCAGGACGCAGAGCUGGCCCGGCUCCGGGAGACCGUGCGGAGCCUGCAGGAGCAGGCCCCCCGGGAGGAAGCCCCGGGCAGCUGUGAGACCGAUGACUGCAAGAGCAGGGGGCUGCUGGGGGAGGCAGGAGGCAGCGAGGCCAGAGAUGGCACUGAGCAGCUGCGGGCUGAGCUGCUGCAAGAGCGGCUCCGGGGCGAGGAGCAGGCGCUACGCUUUGAGCGGGAGCGGCGGACGUGGCAGGAGGAGAAGGAGAGGGUACUGCGCUACCAGCGGGAGAUCCAGGGGGGCUACCUGGACAUGUACCGCCGCAACCAGGCGCUUGAACAGGAACUGCGGGCGCUGCGGGAGCCCCCCACACCCUGGAGUCCUCGGCUUGAGUCCUCCAAGAUCUGAGGCCAGUGGAGCGAGCUGGCAGCAGAAGCACUGUCAGAAGACGGCUUGGACAAGCCCUCCCUGAGCUGGCCGGCUCCUUCCUUACAUUGGUCUGGGGCAGAAUCUGCUGAGGCCAGCCAGGGCUGGGGAGGCCCACCGAGAGGAGGGAUCCAGUGGAGCUGUGGGCUGGAGAGGGUGCCAGCAGCAGGAGAUGGGGCAAGCCCUCCUGGCAGAGGAGCACCCAGGCAGGGCCCAGCCCUGCUCCCUGGAGUAGGUGUGGCCCAGGGAAGGAGGUUGGGGAAUGAAGAGCCCCAUGAUGCAGAAGGGCAGGCAUGAAGGAGGCUGGGAUGGGAGCAUUGGCCUCCUCAGAAUAAAACCAUGUUUUCUAUGAGGAGGCCUAUCCCCAGCCUGAGUCUAGAGGAUCCUGGAUGGUUGCGGUGUGACCUGGGCUGUAGCUCCUCCUGUGGUCACGGUCAGUGGGAAGGUGUGCCCGUGCCUGGGUGCACAGCUGCUGGGUGUGUGGCUGGUGAGUGAAGGAAUCUUAUUGCCCCAGCACCACACGCUUCCUUACCUGCCGUGUGGGCUGAAAUUCCUUCAACACCGGUAGGAUUUUUCAGAAGGAACAAUGCCAGGGAACCUAGGAAAACAAAAAGGCAAGUCAACCAAGGCAUAAAAGAAAACCUUCUCCUGGUGGAAAGUCUGGGCGCCGGUGCCCAGGCCCCUGCUGGAUCUGGGGCUGGCCUGAGACCACUUCCGCCGCAGCACCCAAAGGCUGCCCUGCCCCUCCCAGAACUCAGCGCCCAUCUUCUGUCUGGCUGUGGUGUACCCUCCCUCCACAGGGGUCAGGGGGCCCUGGGGAGGCUCAGGAGACAAGGCAGAGAAAGCUGUGGGUCUCUUGGUAAAGAGCCUUUAUCACUGCAAGGAAUGUGGCCAUUUCCUGUCCGCAUGGAGGGCCGUGGCGUAUUUUUAAGCAGGGGUGAGAUGUGAUCUGAUCUGUAUUCUGGAAAGCUUUGUCCUGGGAGGAUGCAGCCUCCCUUCCCUGGCCCUGCACUGGGCUCCCUGACCAUUGCUCUCAGGCAAGGUUGAUCCUCGGCCCCCUGAGACCCCUCCCACCCCUGGCAUCUCAAUCUGGCUUUGGUCUUUUCUCCCCUCCUGGGGGGUGGUCUAGAGCACAGACCCCAUCUGGCCGUGCAAGUGGUCUCUCCCCACCCCUCAUGGUGAUGUGUCAUUGUGCGACUGCAGCCACGUGUCGAGUGCUCUCUGUGUGCUAGGUGCUGUGUUGGGCCGUCAGGGCAGGGGGCUCAGGGUUGCAUUAGAUGUCCUUCCUGCCCCAGGGGCCAGCACACAGACUUCUCCCCUCCCAGCUCCUGCCCGAUGGGGCAGCAGUGCCCUCUGAUGAGUUCUCCGCAGAGACCCUCCAUUUGUUCUCUAGCUGCACUCCUGCCCUGCAAGGUCACGCCUGGCAGUCCCUUCAGGCCCCAGCAGGUGGGUCCUGCUGGGGAGUGGAGUUGCUGUGCAGCGAUAUGGAUGGGGCUCUGGAGUGUGAGUCCAUGUGCCCUGCCUUUUUAGGGCAGAGAGUGGGGUGUGUGAGUUGUCUGCCGUGGGGAUGGUGUGUUUGUGGCCCAGUAAGUUGCAGGUGUGUGUAGAGACGUGCUGUGGGUAGUGGGUGUGUCUGGGGGUGUGUGUUUGGGGCUCCUGGGUUGGAGGACAGAGGGCUGCUUCCUGACAACUCCCUCUGCCCUGUUCCUUCCCACUAGCCCAAGCCCCUUUUAGCGCUGGUCAGGCUUGGGUGGAGCCUGUGGCCAGGACAGACCCCUGGGCCUAGCUGAGACUCACUUAGACCCACCCCUGAGGUCCUCUGCCUGAGGAGGGGAACGAGGAGCACCUGGCUUAGGCAGGCCUGUCCACCACAGGCCUUGGAACUCAUUUCACAGACCCUCCAAACCAAGGUCUCUGGGCCAGUGACCCUCCAGAGGGGUCUCCCAUAGCCAGGUGCUAGCCUGAAGCCUGGAUCACUCCCUCCCCACAGCCUGGAGCUGGUGAGGCCGGGUAUCCACGUGCCCCACAAUGUCCAGGUUGGGUGCCCACAUGCCCCAUAAUGGCUGGGGUCCGCCUUUUGGUGUACCGGCCCUGCAGAAUAGCUCCCCACCCAGCAAUUAGGGAGCUGGGCUGGCCAGUACAGCCAGUGGGGAGUGGGUAGGCGGUACCAAAACUUGGCAGCUGUGCCAGAAACCAAGGCCAGGCCCAAAUGUAGGGGAGGGCUCAAGAGAGCCAAAGCUGGGGCCUCAGAGAGAACCGGAUCCCUGUUAGCUCAUCCUUGCUGGGCAAACCAGUUCCCGGUCCCCAAGCCGGCUGGGUGGCUCCAGGGCCAGCUGAUCACAGGUGCCACUGUAGUGGCUACUACUUUAGGGCAGCCCCUCCCUCCUGCUCCUAGCAGGCCCCUCAGCUCCCCAGCUGCCCUCAGGCUCUCUUCCAGCCCACUAGGCCCAGGCAGCCAAUUCACCAGAACUGUGGUGAGCUCUCCACACUUGGCUCUGCCCGUGGUCCUUCCUGUUCUUAGCUCAGAUAGUGUCACACCUUCCAGCAGCUCCCCAGGCUCCUUAGCCUAUCACUUGCAGCCUCCGACAGGCUGGCCUCCAGGGUCACUGACAGUGGUGCCCUUUCUGACCCCAGCAGCUCCUUGCAGCCCUCUGGGCACUCGUCUUCCAGGCAGAGCCCCCUCACGGUGCUCAGAUCUUGCCUCCUCAGGGAAGCCUUUCCAGAACUCACGACCUGCCUGGGCAAUCCCCUCUCCCUGUGCCCACAGCCCUCAUUGUCCCCCCAUCGGCUCUGUGCUGCUGGAAUUGUUAGUUUGCCUCUGUCUCCAGUGGGCUGUGGGCAUUGCUGGGGCAGGGCCACAUCUGUUUUCAUCUCUAGACCCCAUUCUGGCUCCAGCCCAGAAGGCCCUUGGGGGCUUGGAGUCAAGAGGGACCAGACCCUUCCCCUAACUGAUGGGUGCGGUGGGGCCAGUGGGGAAGGCUCCAACUCUGAGUGUUCAAUCACCAUUUGGGCACCUGGUCAGACCCAGUCUGUGCCAAGCAUGAGCCCUCCAGAGCCGGUCGCCAUUCAUUGCACGGUGAUGUACUCUGUGCCUCUGUUAGGGUCAGGCCUAGUUCCAGGUGAGGAAGCCGAGGUGGCUAAGGCCCCUGCCCCCAUGGCCCUUCCCCAUGAGUGGGGGAGGAGACAAUACACACGUCAACAGUAGUGACCAGGCCAGAAGAGCAAAAACAGACUUGGGGACAACAGGUGGGCUUCCAUGGUGGCAAGCAAGUCACAGAGCAUGGAGAAGGCAGAGGGAGCCUGUCUGGGGGCAUGAGUGUCAAUUUCUCUGAGACUGGGGGGCUGUAGGUAUUAGGGAGCCUUUCUAACAGUGCAGGCCCCACAGUGAGAUUCAGAUUGCGUAACCUUCUGCCCUAGUGGGUAGGCGCUUAGCUUUCUAUAUUGGAUUCAGAAAAGAAAAAGAAUAUGGUGUUUCUUGCAACCAAAACAAAAGUGAAGUGUGUCAUGAGAGUUGAGGCCCAAGUGCCAUGGGAGGUCAGGAGAGCUGGCUCACUUAUCACUCCAGGUGAUGAGUGCGAGGGCUACAAAGUUUGACCAAACUUUGGUCAGGCACUUCUGAGCUCUCUUUUUGACUAUGCCUGACCUUGGGCUCCUGUGUCCUUCCUUGUUUAAUCCAGUUCUAGCAAGAAUCCUGCUAAGUUAGUUUAGCGAGAAUCCUCCAUCCUCCAUAUCAGAUCACCCUCUAUAUCUAAUCUGGUUCCUCAGCCUCCAUCAUCGCCCAGGUGGGGUCUGACCACUUGGCCAUGAGAAUCCUGUGAGGUCCCUUUAGCCAGGAUCCCCCCAGCCCCUGAGGUUUCCUUAGGAAUUUGCCAUCCGCUGACCCCCACCCUGCUCUUUGGCUGUAAAUUCUGUUUUUCCUUGUCACGUGUGGUGUUGAGCUCUACUACAAAACCCCAUUGAAGUAGCUGCGCCCCCCCCCCCACCCCCAAAUAAAGUCUUCUUACCACUCU